AUGAAUAAAAAAAAUGUUUUGAAAGAUUAUGUAUUAUCACAGUAUUCUCUGGAGAAGAUAAAAUUGAUUAAAGAAAAAUUGAAAAAAGACACAAAUGAGGCUGAUCCUUUGUGGACCUGUAUAAUGGGAAAGGAGGAAGAAGAAAUAUGUCUAAGUGAAAAUGAAAGUACAGACAAAAAUGAUGAAAGUGACAAUGAUAGUUCAUCCAGAUUGCACGAUUACAUUCAGCAACCAUCUACUCAAUUUUAUUUUACUCAAUUUGAAAAAGAUUUGAACACAGAAGUUAAACAAACAUCUCUAGAAACAUGUGAUAUUGUGGAGUGUCUUGUUGAAGGUUUAGAGCAUACUAAUGGAAAAUUGGAUUUAAGUAUACUAGAAAAUUUAAAGGAUGAAGAAUUUGUGGAUAUAGUCUGUGACUUAGAAAAAAAAUUAAACAUAACAGGUACCUAUAAUCUAUGCUGCUCUUUGAAUAAUAUGACUUCAGAACAAAGAAUGAAAUACACAACUGUCUUUCAUACCUAUUUAUUGUUACCGAAGAUAAUUGCUAUAGAAGAACCUUCAAAAAUGUUAUUAUCUGUUAUCACAGAAAGUGUACAAAAAUUUCCAGAUGACAUACAAAAAUUAAUUUUUAUCCCCCUGUUAAAUGUUGAUUUAAAAGACACAACAAUUGUCAAUGCUAUAGUGAAUGCUUUUGAACCACAAAGAAACCCUGCUCUCAUUAUGGAAUGUUUAUCUUAUAUAAAAGAACUUAAGUCAUGGCACCUUCCUAUUCUACAAAAUCUUAUGACUGUUAAAACAGAUACUGUUACAAAUGAAAAAUUCAUACGUAUGUUAUCUGAAAAAGCAUAUGACUUUUCAACAGAUAAAAAUUUUGGAAAAUUAGUGUUAUUAUUCAUAAAGACGAAUCUAAAUUUUUCAGAACAACAGAAGCUUUUAUUGUGGGAAAUAACUAAUAUAAAUCAAACAUUUUUUAAAAGACCUAUAGAAAAUAUCUUGAAGGAGGACCGGCUGGAACAACACACCGAAACAUUGGUGAAACAUGGUAAUUUGUUGCAACAAAUAGAGGAUAUUCAUCAGGUGCUGUAUAAACGACCGUUGCAGAGGAUGUCCUCGGGCGAAGCUCCACCAGCCAAGACUAUUCCUAGAGUCUUAGACGGAGCCCUUCUGUCAUCGGAAAUCAUCAUACGAAGACAUUUCUUCAUUCUGAUGAUCACAUAUGAUGAGGUCACUCUUCAUGUGAACUUCAUACGAAGAUUUCUCUUAUUUAAUAUGAAGUUCAUGUGA